GAUGUUCCACUCAUCAACAGGAGGUGGCGCUGUACACCUAUAAGUCGCUUGCGAUCAUCUAACACAGAAAGGAAGAAGAAGAUCUGAGAGGUCCAGCUGCAGAAAUGCGCGGUGUGGACCUGGUCCAGGCGUACGACCGGGUUCUGGAGCAGCAGAUCCUGGGUCGGGGGUCGUGCCGGGCCUGUCAGGAUGAGGCGUUGAGGUCAGAGGUGGAGGGCCUCCUGGCGACCUCCGACCCCCGGGAGCUGCACGGCCUUGGCCUGGAGCCGCUGCGGCUGAUGGAAGAGGUUCUGGAGGCCCGGCCCAGUUCGGGUCUGUGCGGUCUGGCCCGGACCUUUGAGGUUCUGGAGCAGGCGGCGCUGAACCUGUACCUGGGCCCCUGGAGGGAAGAGUACCGGGUGAUCAAGAUGUACUCCGGUACCUUCACCCACUGCGUCGCUCCGGUACUUUCGGCGCCGCAGACCGAGGAAGUUUUCGGCCUGCUGGGGUACCGGCCCGGCCCGGCCCAGACCCGGUUACUGCACCUGCAGCCCGCCGGCGGCCCAGCGUCGCCGCGGGAGCUGCUGCGUCUGGCCUGCGCCUUCUUCCUGGCCCGCUGCGAGUGUCGCCUCCUGCUGGCCGCCCUGGGGAAGCGUGGCGGCGCCCGCUGGGAGCUCGGCGUGGUGCGGGAGCGGCGACAAGGCCAGCGGCUGCAGGUUGCCGUUGACAACGCUGAGCGGCUGCUAUCCGUCCCGGAGGACGCAGAGGGAGAGCUGGACCUGUACCGGGAGGACAGCACGGCGCCCCCUGGUGGCCAGCGGCGCAGUAACGGGCCGGUGGCGGCGCCCCGCAGCAGGAGGUUUGGUCCGGUCGUACCCCCGCCGCUGGAGGCGGACAGAGGGCGACCCCAUGACCUCUGCGACUGUCUCAGUGCGCCUCCGCUAAGUCUCCAGCGCUGCCUGGACUGCGGUGUCCUCCAUGACAUCACUUGCGUCCGCUUGACCGAGUGCAGACUGCAGCGCCACCAGGUGGAGCCGGCGAGCGGCGUCCCAGAGACGGGGCCGGAGACAGGGGUGGAGCGUCCCCGAGACGCUGUCCCCGAGGACACGGCCGCCUUUCAGCCAAUCAGCUACCACUGCGAAGCGGCCAGCGCCAACCCUCACCUACUGUGCCUCACCUGCAGAGCCGUCCACGGCAGCGCCUGCGUAGAGGGUAGGCUGUGCCGCUCGGCCCACCGGACCCGCCGCCUGGGGACGUGUUCCUGCGGGAAGUCCUGCUGCGGGACGCCGCGCGUCCUGUGUCUCUACUGCGGCGACGAGUUCUGCAGGGACUGCUGGUACAAGAACCCGCUGACCUGCGUCUGUGGACGCAGCUUCCACCUGUCCACCGACCUGUCCACCUCCGUCUGAGGACUUCUUGCUCUUCCGGCUCAAUGAGCCGAACCUCAGUGCCUGAGAGAGCAACACGUUGCUAUGACUCUGUUACCUGCAGGUUGCCAGGUUUCUGUUGUCGGUUCCUGUUUUGUCGUUCCUGCAGUAAAAUGUUCGUCUGUCUGGUUUUAUAUUAAUCAUAAAGCCCCUUUGAGCCCCUUCCCCUUUUAUCCUUGAUGCUCCUUCUGCCUUUUGAGUAUUUUUUUAAUCUGUGCUCAGGAGGCCUGCUUGUGCUUCUCAACAGUAUUUAGCUAAAAAUAAUUUAGCCAAAUUAAUGAGUCUGGCUGCACUUGGUCUAACUGAACCGAUUGUCAGAGCCUCCAUGUUCAGAGGCCGGGAACAUGGAGGGACGGAUCUGCACCCUCUAUCAAAUUAUAGGCAAGAAUUUUGUUUCCCCCCCCCCAACAUGCACUUGUUUGUGAAUAAAACCGUACGUCUGAUGUUUAA